AUGGCCAAGCCUAACACACAAAUCCAAAUUCUCCAUUUUACACUCUUUCAAAAACCACAACAUAUCUUCUUCACCUUCUUCAUCUUCUUCAUCAAAACCCAAACUCUUCAUUACAAACACAAUCACAUCUCAUUUCAAUUCAAUUAAAUUCAGUUCCAUGACCAUGGCGUUAACGCUCUUGCUCCAACCCAAUCUCUCCCACUUCAAAUCCACCCUAUUGCCUUCUCUUCCACGUCGCACCAACCUCGAUAACUUCGCUCCAACACCAGACUCAAAACGCCGCCUUUCCACCGUAAAAUGUCUCUCAUCGCGCAAUCCUCAAAACAUGUCUAGUUCACAAUCGGCGUGGGAUGUUCUGUCGAGCACGCUGUCGAACACGUUGAAGGCGCUGAAGAAACCGGCAAUAGCCGCGCUCUUGGUGGGGCUGUUAUUAAUGUACGAUCCAAAUUCUGCAUUCGCGGCAUCUGGAGGAAGAAUGGGAGGAAGGUCGUUUUCUUCUUCCUCGUCUUCUUCUUCGUCGAGGAGUUAUUCUGUGCCGAGGACUUCGGAGUCGAGGUCCUUCUAUUCAACGCCGUAUCACGCGCCUUCUCCGUUCGGUGGGGUUUAUGUGGGGCCCGCCGUAGGGGUGGGAGUGGGUGCGGGUUCGAGUGCCUUUUUUAUCUUAGCGGGGUUUAUGGCCUUUGUUUUGGUUUCUGGCUUUCUUUCGGAUCGCUCCGAGGAUAGUGUGCUUACCGCUGCUGGCAAAACCACCGUGUUAAAGAUUCAGGUUGGAUUGUUGGGGAUGGGUCGCACACUUCAAAGGGAUCUGAAUAGGAUUGCAGAAGUUGCUGAUACAUCAACUCCAGAAGGGCUGCAUUUUGUGUUGACAGAGACAACCCUGGCUUUGCUUCGGCACCCUGAUUACUGUAUCUCAGCAUAUUCAUCUGUGGACAUAAAGCGGGGUAUUGAAGACGGGGAGAAACGUUUUAAUCAACUUUCAAUUGAAGAGCGGGGAAAGUUUGAUGAAGAAACUCUGGUCAAUGUCAAUAAUAUAAAGAGACAAAGCACAAGAAGCCAGAGAGCGAAUGGGUUCAGCAAUGAAUACAUCGUGAUAACAAUCUUAGCAGCUGCUGAAGGAGAGCAUAAACUUCCUACAGUCAAUGGAAGUGGAAACUUGAAGGAGGCUUUACAGAAACUUGCAUCCAUUCCAUCGAACAAAUUAUUGGCAGUUGAGGUGUUAUGGACACCCCAGAAUGAGAACGAUACUCUCUCAGAACGAGAAUUACUUGAAGAUUACCCACUUUUGCGGCCAUUGUAGAUUGUGAUGACAUGCUUGCGUUCUUCUUCUGGCCUUCUACAGCUAUGAACUGAAACUGUGUUGUCAUCAUCUUCAGGAUUGAGAUUGUCCUGCUACUACUCAAUCUGCAAGGCAAUUUUCAGCUCCAGACAAUGUCAGUAAUUACGUUGAAUCGCUCACAAAGGUUUUACUAUUAGAUAUUGAUGAAAUUAGUUGUAAAAAUUACCAGUAGGAUCUACUCUAAAGAGUGUAUACAAUAUUAUAGAGAAUAAUUCUAUCACUGAAAUCUGAUAUAGGUGCCCUUUCUGUUUAGAAAUUGCUUUGCUUUUAAAUUCUGUAAACUUUUCCACAAUUGUUACGUGCAAGACAAUAUAAAAAUACAUUAGUUAAAAACGAAGUUUGGCAA